GGAGGCCCGGCCGGCGUCCGGCGCGAGGCGCGGUGGGCUCCUGCCUGUGAGAACAGGCAAGGGGCGGAAAGCGAGGAGAAACAGAGGCCGGGAGGAGCGAGGCGGUCGGAUUUUCCAGGAGGCUGGGCUGGAGGAGCAGCCCACCCCGAACUCAAAUCCACAAUAAUAAUCCAAACGGAGAAUAAUAAUAAGGAGCAGUUUUUCUGGCCGGGCGCGCGCGCGCGAGAGAAGGGGGGAACGGGAGGAAGCGAAAUCUGUUUCAUGGAGGCUGAGGCGACAGAAAUUUUCGGAGCCUGGAUGUGGAGGAGCGAAACAGCAGAACUAACUCAGGAAAUUGUCUUUGAGAAAAAGGCCGAACGUGGGCUGGGUCUGAGAAUCAGGCUGGGCUAGGUGGAGGAACCUGCAAGUUGAAAGGAAAGAGAAAAGGAGAGGAUAUUUUCAGAGAUUCGGGUUUGUGGUUAAUGCUACAAUCUUAAAGGCACAGAGCGUUGCAUUUCAGGUGUGCUGUGAUUUUUGUGUGUGUGUGCAUUGGCUCAUUUCAGAAUUUCAAAACCUUUCAUGUAAAAGCUUUUUUUUUUUUUUUUAAAGGAAAUCCACAAAUUUUUGUUCCCAGGGUUGCACUGGAUUUGGAAGGAGUCGUGUACAUACUAUUGUAUGGUUUUAUUUAUUAUUAUUAUUUUUUACUGUUCAAAUCAGCUGGAAGGUUUUUUUUUUUUUUGCCAAGUGCCGUUUUGGAUUUAUUCAUCCUUUUCCCCCACUCCCUGCCCUCAGAUAUAUUUGCUGUUGUCAUUUUAAGCAUUGGAGACCAGAAAAUUAUUUUUCCCCCUUUGGAGCUUGAGGCUCUCUUGCCAACAGCAGGACAGCUGGGAAAACUGGAUUAAAAGGAUGGUGUUUAUCUGUGUGUUGCAGUAAAGACUGAUAUUUUGAAGGCGCAUUCUUUCUGUGAUUCAUUUUUUUAGCCCGUAGUGCUAACCUUGAAGAGAUUUGCGGUUAGGUUUUUGGUUUCCAAGAAGGUCAUAGUUUUUCCUCUUUUCCUUUCUGUUUGUUUUGGGGGGAGGGGGCAGAGGAGAAAAGGGGGUAGGAAAGGAGACCAUGUUAACUGGUAGAAGUGGAGUAGAGCUUAGGUUGCCAGGGUCCUGAGAGCUGGAAGAAAAAGGAUUCAAUCUUCAAGUUGGGAGGCCUCCCUCACUUUUCUUAAAAAUUGUGAGCGAAUCCAUCCUGCUCAAGACACCAAAAGCUACAGGAUUCUGGAGCCGUGGAGACACCGAGAAACCAUGAGUGUAAGAUUGCCCCAGAGUAUAGACAGGUUAAGCAGCCUGUCUUCUCUGGGAGAUUCUGCACCUGAACGCAAGUCCCCUUCCCACCAUCGCCAGCCCUCUGACGCCUCGGAGACAGCAGGUCUUGUCCAACGCUGUGUCAUCAUCCAAAAGGACCAGCAUGGCUUCGGCUUCACUGUCAGUGGGGAUCGCAUCGUUCUGGUGCAGUCUGUGCGGCCUGGAGGUGCAGCCAUGAAAGCUGGUGUGAAAGAGGGCGACCGGAUCAUUAAAGUCAACGGCACCAUGGUGACCAAUAGCUCACACCUGGAGGUGGUGAAGCUUAUCAAAUCUGGCGCCUAUGUUGCACUGACGCUCCUAGGCUCUUCUCCUUCGUCUGUUGGUGUCUCUGGGCUCCAGCAAGACCCAUCCCCAGCAGGAGCUCCCCGAGUCACCCCUAUGAUCCCCCCACCACCACCUCCUCCACCUCUACCACCUCCACAACGCAUCACAGGACCCAAACCUCUGCAGGAUCCUGAAGUUCAAAAACAUGCCACCCAGAUCCUCAGAAAUAUGCUGCGGCAGGAGGAAAAAGAGUUACAGCGUAUCUGUGAGGUGUAUAGCCGGAACCCCGCCAGCCUGCUAGAAGAGCAGAUCGAAGGUGCCCGGCGGCGAGUCAUUCAGUUACAGCUGAAGAUCCAGCAGGAGACUGGUGGCUUAGUGGACAUACUUCCACUGUAUGGUGACACCAGCCAGAGGCCAUCAGAAGGACGUCUCUCUCUGGAUUCCCAGGAGGGGGACAGCGGCUUGGACUCUGGGACAGAACGCUUUGCUUCUCUCAGCGAGUCAUUGAUGAAUCGGAACUCGGUACUGUCAGACCCUGGACUAGACAGCCCUCGAACGUCCCCUGUGAUCAUGACCAGGGUGGCCCAGCACCACAGGCGGCAGGGCUCAGACGCAACAGUCCCCUCCACCAGUGACCAGGGUGUAGAUCAAAGCCCAAAGCCUUUAAUUAUUGGCCCAGAGGAAGAUUAUGACCCGGGCUAUUUCAACAACGAGAGCGAUGUCAUAUUCCAGGAUCUUGAGAAACUGAAGUCACGUCCAGCUCACCUGGGGGUUUUUCUACGUUACAUCUUCUCUCAGGCGGACCCCAGUCCACUGCUUUUUUACUUGUGUGCAGAAGUUUAUCAGCAGACAAACCCCAAGGACUCCCGAAGCUUGGGAAAAGACAUCUGGAAUAUUUUCCUAGAGAAAAAUGCGCCUCUGAGAGUGAAGAUCCCUGAGAUGUUACAGGCUGAAAUUGACCUGCGCCUGCGCAACAGUGAGGAUGUCCGCAGUGCUCUUGGUGAGGCCCAGGGGGCUGCCAUGCCAGAGAUCCAGGAGCAGAUCCACGACUACAGAACAAAACGCACUCUGGGGCUGGGCAGCCUGUAUGGUGAAAAUGACCUGCUGGACCUGGAUGGGGACCUUCUCCGAGAGCGCCAAGUGGCCGAGAAGCAGCUGGCUGCCCUUGGAGAUAUUCUGUCCAAAUACGAGGAAGAUAGGAGUGCCCCCAUGGACUUUGCCCUCAACACCUACAUGAGCCAUGCUGGAAUCCGUCUCCGAGAGGCCCGGCCCUCCAGCACGGCAGAAAAGGCCCAGGCUGCUCCUGACAAGGACAAGUGGCUGCCCUUCUUCCCUAAGACCAAGAAGCAGAGCAGCAAUUCCAAGAAAGAAAAGGAUGCCUUGGAAGACAAGAAGCGAAACCCCAUCCUCAAAUACAUUGGGAAACCCAAAAGCUCUUCUCAGAGCACAUUUCAUAUUCCUUUGUCCCCUGUGGAAGUCAAACCAGGCAAUGUGAGGAACAUCAUUCAGCACUUUGAGAACAGCCAGCAGUGUGACGCCCCAGAGCCCGGGACACAGCGACUCUCAACAGGAAGCUUUCCUGAGGACCUCCUGGAGAGUGACAGCUCUCGCUCCGAGAUUCGCCUGGGCCGCUCUGAGAGCCUCAAGGGCCGGGAAGAGAUGAAGCGGUCUCGAAAAGCCGAGAACGUGCCCCGCUCUCGCAGCGACGUCGACAUGGAUGCUGCUGCGGAGGCUACUCGCCUCCACCAGUCAGCCUCGUCCUCCGCCUCCAGCCUCUCCACCAGGUCUCUUGAGAACCCAACCCCUCCCUUCACCCCCAAAAUGGGCCGCAGAAGCAUUGAGUCUCCCAGCUUGGGGUUCUGCACCGAUGCCCUCCUUCCCCACCUCCUAGAAGAUGAUCUGGGCCAGCUCUCUGAUCUGGAGCCGGAGCCAGACGCUCAGAACUGGCAGCACACGGUGGGCAAGGACGUGGUGGCUGGGCUGGCCCAGAGGGAGAUUGACCGGCAGGAAGUCAUCAAUGAGUUGUUUGUGACGGAGGCUUCCCACCUGCGCACACUGCGGGUUCUGGACCUCAUCUUCUACCAACGGAUGAAGAAGGAGAACCUCCUGCCGCGGGAUGAGCUGGCCCGGCUCUUCCCUAACCUGCCUGAACUCAUAGAGAUUCACAAUUGCUUGUGUGAGGCCAUGAAGAGGCUCCGGGAGGAGGGUCCCAUCAUCAGAGGCAUCGGUGACCUCAUGCUGUCUCGGUUCGAUGGAGCCGCCCGGGAGGAGCUCCAGCAGGUGGCUGCACAGUUCUGUUCCUAUCAGUCCAUAGCCCUGGAGCUGAUCAAGACCAAGCAGCGCAAGGAGAGCCGGUUCCAGCUCUUCAUGCAGGAGGCUGAGAGCCACCCUCAGUGCCGAAGGCUGCAACUUAGAGACCUCAUCAUCUCGGAGAUGCAGCGGCUCACCAAGUACCCCCUGCUGCUGGAGAGUGUCAUCAAGCACACAGAGGGCGGCACCUCUGAGCAUGAGAAGCUGUGCCGGGCCCGGGACCAGUGCCGGGAGAUUCUCAAGUAUGUGAAUGAAGCCGUCAAGCAGACGGAGAACCGACACCGUUUAGAGGGCUACCAGAAACGCCUGGAUGCCAGCGCCCUGGAGAGGGCCAGCAACCCCCUGGCAGCGGAGUUCAAGAGCCUGGACCUUACAACCAGGAAGAUGAUCCACGAGGGCCCCCUGACCUGGAGGAUUAGCAAGGACAAGACCUUGGACCUGCACGUGCUGCUGCUGGAGGACCUCCUGGUGCUGCUGCAGAAACAGGACGAGAAGCUGCUGCUCAAGUGCCACAGCAAGACCGCCGCGGGCUCCGCAGACAGCAAGCAGACUUUCAGCCCCGUGCUCAAGCUCAAUGCUGUGCUCAUCCGCUCCGUGGCCACAGAUAAACGGGCCUUCUUCAUCAUCUGCACCUCCGAACUGGGGCCGCCCCAAAUCUAUGAGCUGGUUGCAUUGACAUCAUCAGACAAGAACACGUGGAUGGAGCUCUUAGAAGAGGCCGUGCAGAAUGCUACCAGGCACCCCGGGGCUGCCCCAACACCCAUCCAUGCCCCAGCCCCAGGCCCCCAGGAGCAAGCCCACCAGGGCCCCACACCCAGCAGGUUAGACCUGGAUGACUCUGAAGUGUUCCAUAGUGAAACAGAAGCAGAGGAGCCACUGGAAGCAGGCCCUGGGCCCCCGCAGAGAGGCCAGGGGAUGCAGCCAGUGCUGCUGGGGGAUCCAGAGCAGAGGGGCCAUGGAGAGGAGGAACUGGGUGCCCUGCCUGACCCUCCUGCACCCCUGGAUGGAGAGAACAGCACCAUCAGGACGAGGGACCCCAUCCACCUGGCCCUCCCAGGGCCUCUGUUCAUGGAAGGACUCGCUGAUUCAGCCCUGGAAGACGUGGAGAACCUGCGGCACCUGAUCCUGUGGAGCCUGCUGCCAGGUCACACCCCAGAGACACAGACUGCCAGGGAGCCCGAGGAUGACCUGACACCUACGCCUUCUGUCAUCAGCAUCACCUCUCACCCCUGGGACCCAGGCUCCCCAGGGAGAGCUCCUGCUGCAGGUGAAGGGGACAGCACCCAGCUCCCGGGGCCAGAGCGGGGCCAGCCAGAGCAGGACCCGGCUCUCUCUUCUCUGGAGCACCUGCCCCCACGGACCAGAAAUUCUGGGAUCUGGGAGUCUCCCGAGCUGGACAGGAAUCCAACUGAAGAGGCUUCGAGAACAGAAGGCACGGGAAAUUACAAAGUUGUGAGAAAAGCCGAGGUGGCAGGCGGCAAGGGUGUCCCUGCACUACCAGAGAGUGGCCAGUCAGAGCCUGAGCCACCUGAAGCAGAAGGCGGAACAAAGGCUGCGGGGAACUGUUUUUACGUCAGCAUGCCAGCAGGACCCCUGGACUCUAGCACCGAGCUCUCAGGGGCACCUGCAAGCCCCUGCCAGCCUGAUGGCCUCCCUGCCUGGCAGACAGAGCCUCGGCCCCAGCUGCAGGGAGGCAGCGAGGACCCGAGACGCCCCAGCCGCUCUGCCCCCAGCCUGGCCCUCAGGGACGUGGGCAUGAUCUUCCAGACCAUCGAGCAGCUCACCCUCAAGCUCAACAGGCUCAAGGACAUGGAGCUGGCCCACAGGGAGCUGCUCAAGUCGCUUGGGGGAGAGUCAUCAGGGGGCACCACGCCGGUGGGCAGUUUCCACACAGAGCCGGCCAGAUGGACAGACAGCUCCCUCUCACCUCCAGCCAAGGAGCCCCUGGACCCAGACUCCGGGAACAGCCGUGAGCUAGGGCCCUGCCCUGAGGAUGGCCCUGACACAGCCCUGGAAUAUGGUGCAGCAGAUGCCGCCACGUCGCCAGGACUGUGACCCAGACCGCCAAACCCUCCGCGAACCCAUUCCUUCAGGGACUGGCCUGACGCGAGGGCAGAGGGUAGAGGCGGCAGCUGGGGAGACUGGGAUCCAGCCGAGGCCGGGGGAGACCUGCAUGUCGCUUGGGCGCUCAGAUCGGAGUCAAGUUUCAGUGUCUUUGCCCUCCCUUCAGCCAGCCCUCCAAGGUCUUGGCCCUCCUAAGCAUGCAGACUGCAUCAGAAAGGCCGCCUAGCACUCUGCCCCUCCCGCCACACACACACCCAGGUGUGCACCUGUGCGGGAGAGGAGGCGGCUGCUGUGUAAAUGCACUUUCUUCCUCCCCCUCUCUCCACAGGCCCCCGGUGGAGGUGGGUGCCGCCCUCCCCUUUGUCACUUUGGUUUCCUAUAAAUAUGUAUGUAUUGUAUGUGCAUCUUUGCUAUUGUACAUAACUUUGACCUUUUUUGUUUCUGUUCCUGGAGUGCUGAGGCAGUUACAAAAGGGACAGCCAAGGGGAGAGGGGAUUCACGCGUGGCUCCUGGUCAGCAGCCCAGCUCUGGGGUCGGGACCUGCCGGUGGAGCGGGUCACUGUCCCUGGCCCCGUGGCUGGGGAGGUCUCCCGGCAUCCAGAGCGCAAACUCCACAGACUGGUGCUGAGCCCCCUCCCUCUAGGACUUCUCAUCCUCACCAGACGGGGCCAUGGGGCCUUCUCACCCCACCUGGGUCCACCCUUCCCCACCUGGUCCUUACAGAGAACCAGAGUAGCAGGUACGGAGCUGAAAACUGGGCCCCAGGAGGUGCGAGUAGGGGAUUUGAAUCCUGGAGCCGCUGAGUUUACCCAGGACCAUCCCCAGGGGCCACGGCCACCCUGGCCCCAUCGCCAUGCCUGCUCCACUCCUCAUGAAUAUACACACUGUGCUAGGUGUAUAUAUACAUAUAUAUAUAUAAAUAUAUAUAAUAUAUAAAGUAUAGAUAUGGAAAUGACUGUUUUGCUGUUAAGAUAAUGUAUA